GCUACGGGUGUCCGCCAAUUGCGAGUGAGUGGUCCGAAAUUGCGUGGUCCGAAAUUACAAUAAAGUGGGCGUUUGUGUUGGAGGAUAGAGUUGAGUUACAGGUGUCCGCCAAUUGCGAGUGAUGAAAGCUUGAGACGGCGAGGAAUUUCUAUCUUCGUUCAGUUUCGGAAUUCACUGUCUCGACGAUGGCCGAAUCGAUCCACUCCCAUGAUGCUUCCUCUGUACCUCAACAAAGAUUUGUAAUUACAAACAACUAUGGUGAGAAGCUUGUUGCCGUGCUACAUGAAACUGGAUCGAAGAAGCUUGUCAUACUGUGCCAUGGUUUUGGAUGUACAAAGGAUCAUGAAAUAAUACUUAACCUUAGUGAUGCAAUAACAAGUAAAGAUAUCAGUGUGGUUCGCUUUGAUUUUUCAGGAAAUGGUGAGAGUGAUGGUACCUCUGAGUAUGACGACUUAUGGAAAGAAGUUGAUGAUUUACAUUCUGUACUCCUCUACUUUUCUGAGAAAGAUUAUGAAACAAGUGCUGUUGUUGGUCAUAGUAAAGGGGGAUCUGUGGUGGUCUUGUAUGCAUCUAAGUAUGCAGAUGCUCAUACAGUCAUAAAUAUUUCUGGCUGCUUUGACUUUAAAAGAGGAAUUGAAAAUGUCUUGGGCCAAGAUUAUCUUCAAAGAAUUAAAAUUGAUGGUUUCAUUGAUGUUAUGGACAAAAAUGGUAAAUUUGCAUUCAGAGUAACUGAACAAAGUCUAAUGGACAUACUAAAUUUUGAUAUGCAUGCAGCAUGCCUCUCAAUUGAUAAGAAGUGCAGGUUGCUACUUCCUCUUGCUCCACACUUAAAGAUCUUCACAGUUCAUGGUUCAGCUGAUGAAAUCAAUCCUGUAGAAGAUGCCUAUGAAUUUGCAAAGGUGAUACCCAACCACAAGCUGCACAUCAUUGAAGGUGCCAACCAUUUUUACACCAAACAUCAGGAAGAGCUGGCUAAAGUUGUAGUGAAUUUCCUAGCUUCUGUUCAGUGUUUGACAAAGUUAGAGGCUCUACGCAUUAUGUCGGACACACUCUUGUGCAUGAGAGUCUUUGGCAUUACAUACGUUCACAUGCUGGUGGGCAUGCACACCAAUGUCUAUCUACCAAGUUCAUAUAACGUCCAACAAGCAGGUAGAAGAUGAUGCCGUGUCAGGCAACUAGAAGAGACCUACAGAACCUGUUUGAUUAUCACCAAUGCAUCCAUGAAGAGGGAUUCUCAAGUGUGCCUCUGUUUUGUCAUCUAUUGCAUUGUACUAAUAUUAUUCAUGGCACGAUAUCAAAUGUAGAGAUCUGAUUCUGCAAAAAUAUGUUAGCUGUAAACAUCAUCGUCAAAUCUGUAAUAAAUUUAUAAUAUUUAAUCUUAUAUUUUGUUUUUAACAAAUAUAUCUUGCCGUUGUUUUAGACUUUGAUUUUUA